AUGAGAGGUAGAUCAUGGUUCAAGACACCCGAAUGGCUGCAAAAAAAGCACUGCAUCAUCAAUCCCAAAAAUGAAGACGAGCAGUGCUUCAAAUGGGCCGUCAUUGCAGCCCUCCAUUUUGAUGGUAUUGGAGCACAUCCUGAGCGCAUCUCAAAUCUCAAACCGUUUGUUGAACAGUACAAUUGGAGUGGCAUCGAGUUCCCAACUCCCAACACACACUGGAAAAAGUUUGAAAGGCAAAACCCCAACGUGGCGCUGAAUGUCUACUUUUCUGAAGAAGAUUUUCAGGUCAGACAGGCAUAUGUUUCGAAACACAACACGACACGUAAAAAGGUGGCAGAUGUGCUAAUCAUUCAAGAAGGAGGGAAGAAGCACUACGUUGCCAUUAAAAGAUACUCUGCGCUCAUGCGCGGUUUAUCAUCUAGACAUCGAGGUGAUCAUUACUGUCGAAACUGCAUGCACGGAUUCCGCAGUCAAGAGACAAGAGACAAUCACAUGAAAGUGUGCAUGGACCAUGAUUUUUGCGAGAUUAUCAUGCCCGAAGAAGAAACAGUCCUUAAACACGAAGAUGGGCAAAAGUCGCUCAGAAUGCCAUUUGUCAUCUAUGCAGACACAGAAUGUAUCUUGGAACCUGUUCAAGGUUGUGAUGGAGACCCUGAAAAAUCACACACCAGAGACGUCAGCAAGCAUGUGGCUUCAGGAUAUGCCUUCAUAACCAAAUUUGCACAUGGAGAAGUUGAAGAAUCAUCCGACUGCUAUCGUGGAAAAGACUGCAUGGAAAGGUUUUGUAAGGGACUAAGAGAUCAAGUCAAUAGAGCUAUCAGACAUCCACAGAAGAAGAUGAUCCCGUUGACACACGAAAAGAAAGAAGCCCACAAGUCUGCAAAAAGAUGCUUCAUUUGCGAAGGAGUGUUCAAGAAGAACAACAAAGACAUCACAAUGCGCAAAGUUCGAGAUCACUGUCACUACACUGGUCAGUAUCGAGGAGCUGCACACAGUUCGUGCAACCUAAAAUAUCGCAUCCCCAACGAGAUUCCGGUGGUCAUGCACAAUCGCUCACGGUAUGACGAUCACAUUAUCAUCAAGCAACUGGCCAGGGAAUUCAAAAGCCACGAGUUUGAAUGUCUCGGUGAAAACAGCGAAAAAUACAUCAGCUUCUCCAUCAAGCACUCCGUCACAUUUCAAGGAAAAGACGGCGAACCGCUGAAGCAGAUGAAGAAGAACAAGAAAACCAACCAAAUUAAAGAAGUGGAAAUCAGCACGACCUGCAAAAUCAAGUUCAUCGACAGCUGCAGGUUCAUGCAAAGCUCACUGUCAAGCCUUGUAGAUAAUUUAGCUGGAACCAACAGUGAAAGUGUCAGCUGCAACGACUGCAAAUCAAACAUGGAACUCAUCGAGAUUGACUCAGAGUACAAGGCGCAAUUCAAGUGCCAAACCUGUUACUGCUCUGACAAGACGGUGGAACUGAAUAAGCAUUCCAUGAAGAAGAAAUUUUCCAACACAUUCAAGCAUGCAAAGGGCAAUGACGAGCACUUUAGACUUUUGCUGCGUAAGGGUGUUUACCCCUACGAAUACAUGGAUGCGUGGGAGCGUUUUGAAGAGACAGCACUUCCUCCAAAAGCACAAUUUUACAGCAGCUUGAACCUUGAAAACAUCGACUUUCAACAUCAAAAACCUUGGAGAGUACCAUGA